AUGUUCAGACUCGCGAUAAUCGGCGCACUCUUCGUGGUGGUAUCCGCUUUGGCCGCACCGGCGGCACAGGACGCGACGCCACCCUCGGUCCUCGAGGAAGCCCUCGGCGUGUACGCUUCCUGCUCCGGGGAAUCGAGCGUCGCGGUGUGUCUCAAGCUGAAGGCCCUGCGCUACGUCGACCGGGCCGCUCGCUCGGCCGACAUCGAGAUCAUCGACGGAUUCAAGAUCGUGCAGACCGAGGAGGCGAAGAACAGCCGCGCUGACAACGCGAGGUCUCUCAACGACAUCGAGAGCACCUUGCCAGCCGAGACCGAAGCCAAAGAAGCCGCGAUCGACCAGGCCCUCGUAGACAGAGCCGCUAAAUUCUUGUCCACGCACACCGUCGAGCUCAGCCUGCCCGAGGAUGUCUCCCGCUCCUUCGACGAAGCUCGUGGGAAGAAGAAGAAAAUCGUGAAAUCGCUGAUGCCGAUUCUCCUGCUGCUGAAGCUGAAGGCCGCCGCCCUGAUCCCGAUCGCUCUCGGCGCCCUGGCUCUGGUCGCCUUCAAGGCCCUCGUAAUCGGCAAAAUCGCCCUCAUCAUCAGCUUGAUCAUCGGCCUGCAGAAGCUGCUCGCCCAGAAGCACCACGGCUACGACAUCGUCGCUCACCCCGUGCACUCGUACGGACACGACGAGCACGUCCACCACGACCACCACGGCUGGGCAAGGUCCGGCGCGGACCUCGCGUACAACGCGUACAAGCCCUCUGAAUAG